CCUGGCCAGGCUUUGGCGGGAGGCCGGAAAGCUGCGGCUGUGCAGAUUUGGCGCGAGUGUGGCUGCGCUUUUCUGCUGCCUGUGUAUUCUGUAACUUAUGAAGAAUCCCUGAAGCCGUGUGCGAGAGACGUUAGAAGGAGCCGGCACUGAGGUGUGUUGCCGUCAUGCCUCAAACCCGAUCCCAGUCACAGACUACAGUCAGUUUUCCAAAAAAGAAGCUGUCGCGGACAUCGGACAAAGCUAAAAACUCUAGUGACACCAAACUAGAACUGACAAAUGUCCAGGCCAUACCCCGUUCUCCUUGUGUCAAAAGUCUUCCUCUCAGCCCCAGAAAACGUCUGGGUGAUGACAACCUGUGCAACACUCCCCAUUUACCACCCUGUUCUCCACCAAAGCAGAGCAAGAAAGAGAAUGGUCCCCCUCGCUCACAUAUACCUAAGGGGCGCCGAUUGGUAUUUGACAAUCAACUGACAGUUAAGUCUCCUAGCAAAAGAGAACAAACUAGAGUCCACCAAAACAAAAUAUGUUCCUCAGUUCAAAAAGGUCAAGAGGUCACAGCAAAGUCUAAGCAGAGAUGUCCUCCGGAAAAAGAAUCUGCACGUUUGAGACUGUUCAAGCAAGAAGGCACUUGCUACCAGCAAGCAAAACUGGCCCUGAAUACCGCUGUCCCGGAUCGGCUGCCUGCCAGGGAAAAGGAGAUGGAUGUCAUCAGGAAUUUCCUGAGGGAGCACAUCUGUGGCAAAAAAGCUGGGAGUCUUUAUCUUUCUGGUGCUCCAGGAACUGGAAAAACUGCCUGCCUAAGCCGAAUUCUGCAAGACCUCAAGAAGAAACUAAAAGGCUUUAAAACUAUCAUGCUGAAUUGCAUGUCACUGAGGAGUGCCCAGGCUGUAUUCCCAGCUAUUGCUCAGGAGAUUUGUCAGGAAGGCGUAUCCAGGCCAGCUGGGAAGGACAUGAUGAAGAAACUGGAAAACCAUUUGACUGCAGAGAAGGGCCCCAUGAUUGUGUUGGUGUUGGACGAGAUGGAUCAGCUGGACAGCAAAGGGCAGGAUGUAUUGUACACGCUGUUUGAAUGGCCAUGGCUAAGCAAGUCUCGAUUGGUGCUGAUUGGUAUUGCCAAUACCUUGGAUCUCACAGACAGAAUUUUACCGAGGCUUCAGGCUAGAGAAAAAUAUAAGCCACAGCUGUUGAACUUCCCACCUUAUACCAAAAAUCAGAUAGCCACUAUCUUGCAGGAUCGACUUAAUCAGGCAUCUAGAGACCAGAUUCUGGACAAUGCUGCAAUUCAGUUCUGUGCUCGAAAAGUCUCUGCUGUUUCUGGAGAUGUUCGCAAAGCGCUAGAUGUUUGCAGGAGAGCUAUUGAAAUUGUAGAGUCGGAUGUCAAAAGCCAGACUAUUCUCAAACCACUGUCUGAAUGUAAAUCACUCUCUGAAUCACUGGUUCCAAAACAAGUUGGUCUUAUUCACAUAUCCAAAGUCAUUUCAGAAGUUGAUGGUAACAGAAUGACUUUGAGCCAAGAAGGAGCACAAGAUUCCUUCCCUCUUCAGCAGAAGCUCUUGGUCUGCUCUUUACUGCUCUUAAUCAGGCAGUUGAAAAGCAAAGAGGUCACUCUGGGGAAGUUAUAUGAAGCCUACAGUAACGUCUGUCGCAAACAGCAGGUGGCAGUUGUGGACCAGUCAGAGUGUUUGUCACUUUCAGGGCUCUUGGAGGCCAGGGGCAUUUUAGAAUUAAAGAAAAACAAGGAAACUCGCUUUACAAAGGUGUCUUUGAAGAUUGAAGAGAAGGAAAUAGAGCAUGCUCUGAAAGACAAAGCUUUAAUUGGAAAUAUCUUAGCUACUGGAUUGCCUUAAAUUCUUUUAUCUAAUAUCCCACCUGAAAGUAUUCAGCUGUCAUUUAGAGAGCUAUAGUCUUCAUUUUAGUACUUUAUAUAUUCAGGUCUGAAAAUAUAUAUGACCUUUUUUACUUGAAAGUGAUAAAUUUUAAUCUACAGAGUUAAGAAUAUUUGCACAGAAUAAUGUCUUUGGGUCUUAUUUUUAUGCAUUAAAAAUUAAUUCCCAAGUAGACCCUUUUUAAUUAUAUUUACUACCUUAAUAUGCUUGCAAGCAUACAGAUUUAUUUUGUGGAAUAUGCAUAUAUGUACCUCUUUGUUUCCUCAAAUGUUGCUGUGUUUGAAAGAAUUUUGGACUAGAACCAGAAGAAUAGAAAAGGAUGAUCCAGGAAAAGAAGCAAGUCUUCAUGGAGAUUUGGAGGACACUUUGUGAUCAAAGAAUUUAUUUCAUUUUGGAGUAUAGUGUGUUCACUUUGCAGAUAGUUCCACUUUGUGACUUUUUAAAGACUCAUUGUGUUUCUUAGGCACUUCCAAGGGUGUGGGGAUGGUAAGGAGAAUGUAACUUUUCAGAUCGUGAAUAUAUUUAUUUUAAAUUGCA